AUGAACAAAAACGGAACAGCUAAAAUGAAUGAUAAUCAAAUUAGAGCAGAAGGUAGAAGGUUAUUUAAACGCUUCUAUAACAUUCCUGAUGGUGUUAAUCCUAAAACUCGUAGAAGCUAUUUAAAUGAAGCAAUAGAUGCAUAUGAAGGGUUUGACAUUUCAUCAGAAAGUGAGAGAUUAGCGAGAAUGUUAAAUGUUAAUAUUGAUUUCUAUUAUUGUGAUCCUCAACCAGAAGACGUGGACAUAAAUAAGGUAGACUUUCCAUUAGUGGAAUCAAUAAUGAUAGAUCCAGAAUUUGAAACAGUAAAUAUUUUAUUAACACAGAGUCCAUGUGGAAAACUUCACGCUGACAGAAUAACAGACGUUGAAGCACUCACCGGCUAUAAAGUUUGUCCAUAUUGUAAAGAAGAAGUUUAUUCUAUCCGUGAUGAUCCAGAAAGGAAAAACCAAAGAAGAUUUUUAA